AUGGAGAGCUCCAGAGUCUUUGUCUCGGGCCUCCCGCCCACGAUCUCCAACCAUGACCUGGGAAAGCAUUUCUCCGGUCGCUUUCAAGUAACCGAUGCUCAUGUUAUCCCCAGUCGCCGCAUUGGCUUCGUGGGGUUCAAGGAAGCGGCGCAUGCAAAGCAGGCUGUAGACUACUUUCACAAAACAUAUCUGAGAAUGUCCAAGAUCUCAGUAGAAAUGGCUCGUUCCACCGCAGAGAUGGAGUCGACCAAAAACCAGAACACCCCUGACCGGCAAGAGUCAUCCAGUACUAACAACCUCAAGCGAAAGCGCGGGGCAGAAGACCCAAACAAGGAUGCUAAGCUCAACGAAUUUUUGAGUGUGAUGCAGCAUUCCUCCAAAACAAGGACAUGGGCAAACGAUGACGAUGGUCUUGUUCAGCCAUUGGCGGCUAACGAAGCGGCCAAUAACACUGACAAGAUAGAAGAAACUGCCGAGAAGGUUCCAGAGAAUCCCGUCAAGAAGCCAAAAGUCAAAACAGCCCCUGUUGCUCAUAGUGCAGCUCAAGAGCAGACACCACAAGUAUCUGAAGACGCUGAGAAUGAUAAUAUGGAUACCCAAGAUGACUCCGCACCCACAGAUGGUCAAGAAGACCAGCCGAAAUCAGACGCUGACUGGCUCCGGUCAAAGACCAGCCGUCUUUUAGGUCUUCUUGAUGAGGAAGAGCAGACUGAAGUCAAAGCUCCAUCUUCAGAAAGUGAAGACGAUAGUGAUAAACCAGCCAAGUCAAAAAUACAACAACCGGAAGAAAUUUUCGAGUCUCAGGCUUCGCCCGAGGAAGAAGAAAUAGAGGAAGAAAGGGAUUAUGAUGCGGACGUUGAACUAAUCCGCACUUCUGGCCGACUAUUUCUUCGUAAUUUAGCCUACGGUGCAACCGAGACAGACUUGGAACCGAUUUUUGCUCCGUUUGGAAAGAUUGAUGAAAUACACGUCGCCUUCGAUACCCGGACCACAUCCAGUAAAGGCUUCGCGUACAUACAAUAUAUAGACCCUUCUUCCGCGGUGAAUGCCUAUAAGAGCUUGGACGGGAAAGAUUUCCAAGGACGUUUACUUCACAUUCUACCGGCAUCUGCCAAAAAGUCAUAUAAAAUUGAUGAUUACGAAUUAUCGAAAUUGCCUUUGAAGAAACAAAAACAGAUAAAACGUAAAAUGGAAGCAUCAUCGUCCACGUUCAAUUGGAACUCCUUGUAUAUGAAUACGGACGCUGUAAUGUCAUCUGUAGCAGAUAGACUGGGAGUCUCCAAAGCCGAACUGCUUGAUCCUACAUCAUCCGAUGCUGCCGUCAAGCAGGCACACGCCGAAACUCAUGUUAUCCAGGAGACAAAGUCUUACUUCACCUCGAACGGAGUCAACCUGGACUCAUUCCAACAACGGGAGCGUGGAAACACUGCAAUCCUAGUCAAGAACUUCUCAUACGGUGUCAAGUCUACGGAACUGAAAAAGCUUUUCGAACCUUUUGGGCAAUUGACGCGUUUCCUGAUGCCCCCAAGCGGAACAAUCGCCAUAGUCGAAUUUGCUCGGCCAGAUGAAGCACAGAAGGCGUUCAAAGGCUUGGCUUACAGGAAACUAGGAGACUCGAUUCUUUUCCUCGAACGUGCUCCAAAGAACCUGUUUGAUGCACCCGCCACAGCAGCUAUUCAAUCAGCUUCCUCAGAGAUUAAAGCCAAAUCUCAAGGCUUCUCUGCAACCGACACCUUUGCCGCAGAAGAUAACGAGAUACAACCUCCUACAACGACACUGUUUGUGCGUAACUUGAAUUUCACUACAACGAACAAGCGACUCACAGAAGUCUUUGAACCUUUGGAUGGAUUUUUGUCAGCCAAGGUCAAAACAAAACAAGACCCGAAGCGGCCAGGCGAGACGCUCAGUAUGGGCUUUGGCUUUGUCGAGUUUCGAACCAAGGAGCAGGCACAGACCGCACUCGCUGCUAUGGAUGGCUACAGCUUAGACCAGCAUGAACUUGUUGUUAAAACGUCGCACAAGGGCAUGGAUGCAGCCGAAAGUAGGCGACGAGAAGACACCGCGAAGAAGGUUGCGGCGAGGCGAACAAAGAUUAUCAUCAAGAACUUGCCUUUCCAGGCUACCAAGAAGGACGUGCGGUCUCUAUUUAGCGUCUAUGGACAGCUUCGAUCAGUGCGCGUGCCGCAAAAAUUCGACCGAUCAACGCGUGGUUUUGCCUUUGCUGAUUUUGUAAGCGCUCGCGAGGCGGAAAAUGCAAUGGAUGCCCUAGAAAACACCCAUCUUUUGGGCCGGAAACUGGUUCUACAGUAUGCUUCUGAAGAGGCAAUUGACGCCGAAGAGGAGAUUCGCAAGAUAGAAAAGAAGACGGGCCAACAAGUAGACCGAGAAAAGCUGCAAAGCCUUACCGGAACGGGAAGGAAGAAGUUUGUUGUAGGGGCCGAGGAGGACUAA